UGAAUGGGUGGAGGGACCUGAGCCCAUAUACGGGCAUGGGCCGGCGUGCCGCGUGUGGUCGUUACCACGGCAACCGCGUCCACCGCACAGCUGACCGCGGUUGGGUGUGGAGCGAGCGGACUUGCUGUGGCCCGCUUGUGUAGCCGCUGCCUUCCCCCGUUGCUAUGCCAGUCUACAUUCGCAAAGGGCAGCUCGAGGUGCCGCUGCCCUCUCUGGAUGACCACGAGGAGGAGGAGGACGCGCGCUUCGAGCUCGACCCCGAGCGAGCGUUCGCGCGGCCACCGCAGCCAUGGCGGCUGGUCGGGCAGGUGUUGGAGCUGGUGCUGGAGCGCACCUGGGCCUCCAUAGAGGGUCGUGAGCAGAGCCGCCAAGAGGAGCGGACAAGAUACAAGCCGCCCGUCUGGAACCGGCCUCGCAGAGUGGAGAUGCGUGAGGAGGUGCACUGUUUGGCGAACAGCGCGGAUGGCCGUUACAUCUUUGUGGGUCUGGACGGAGGUCUCACGGCUCUUGCCGCUGUGGAUGAACAUGCGGUGCUCUCCACGUGGGAACAGAGAGGGACAAUGAUCACGCAGAUUAACACAGCACCAGCCGGAGAAGAAAUGAGUGCCAUCGCCACGAUUGACGACAUGGGACUUGGUCGUCUGUUUGUAUUUUAUUCAGAGACUUUUCACCUUGUGAAGACCAUUAACGAAGUUGAGGAUAUUUCGAAAAGAACUGUAUGCUCUUCCUUCAUAUUGUCAUCCGGUGGUGAUUAUGGUGGUAUAAUGUUGCAAGGAAAUGGAGAAUCAUGGUUUGAGAUUCAAAAGAUGCCAAAGGAAACAUGGCUAAAAGAUCUGGAGCAAGCUCAAAGCCAACAGCAGCAAGAUGUUGAGCAGUUCAGCAAUAUUGACGUGAAACUUUCUUCCCCAAUACUAAUCCUGCGUCUUAAAUCACCAAAACGACCCUCAGGCCGCGAGAGACGUCACGGCCAGGAAUCCUCGCAGCUCCCGGAGGAAUGGAGCACCCUUGGGACAGGACAGAACCACCUGCUGAGCAGCGCACAGCUGGAGAUGCAUCGCCUGCUCUUUGAGCAGAGACACCGAGAUGCAGUGGAGCGAGAGCUCAGUCGAGCUACAGUGCACUUUGUCCUGCCAUCUCUCAUUCUUCCAGCAGGCCUGGAGUACAAGACUGCGUCAGGCUUGCCCAAUGGUGUUUGCAUGUGGUGGAGUGGCAGCCAUUUGCUUUUGCACUACACCAUUCAAAAAACAGGAAAGGAGACUGAACCCAAGGCUGAUGCAGUGUGGCCAAAUGCAGAGCUCAUCUGCUGCUCGACCAUUAGUGAAUGCACAAUGCUGCUUGCUCUGGGAUUGAGAGAUGGCACCAUCACAAUCUGGGAUAGAUAUCUUGGUUUACCUUUGACUGUGACGAGCCUCCCUGAGCCUGUUCGGAUAGCUGAGUUACAUUUUGUAGCUCCAAAAAACCAACAUGAUUCACCCACACAAGACUAUGCAGCGAGUCCAAGUGCCUCUCUACUGGCCUUCUGUAAAGAUGGCUCAGUGCAUAUGGUGGAAGUAAAUUCUGAAGGCACUUGUGACAUCGCCACGAUCUGUCAAAGGUGUGAAGAACAGGGAGAUGUAAUCACUGCUGUACUUCCUCUACCAAUGUUCCCACAGCUGAUGAUUUAUUUUACUCGAGGUGGCAGAAUCACCCUUCACGACAGACUGGAAGGAAAGGCCCUCGCCCUUGUCGCCUUGCCUAUGCCACAUGUGGUGGCAUCACCUUGGCAUCCAAUAUAUACUUUUGGAACCAAUGGCCAAUCGAUAUUCAUUAAAGGUGUGACCCAGAGUGAAGAAGGAACUUUUCCCAGCAGUGAAUCCUGUGGCUUUCUCUUUGUCUUUCCGCUUCGCUCCAUUGCGGAUCUGGACAGCUACCGCCAGUCAAGCUGGAAUUGUGGCUCUUGCAUUCAGCACAUCACGUGGGACAAGAGAUGCGAGAAACUGCUCUUGGAAAGCAUACAGUCGUUUGCAGAGAACGAUGGAGAAAUGGAAGAAUGUUGGAGCACCUUACACGCUCUCGUUAAAGAGACACCGUCAUGAAGACCCUACAGGGCAAUGUCACUACAUUUUACUUUGGCAAUCUCAGAAUAUUAUCAAAUUAUUAAUCAUUUAUGAGCAUUAUGUACCCUCACUGUACAUAUGAAGGUACCGUAGAUGUGCACACUUGAUUAACUGACUGCCAUGAGGUAUAAAUGUUUAUAUUAUUUCAGUAAAGGUUGAAGUUGUACAAUCUAAGUAUCUAUAUUUAUAGCAUUUGCUCGCCGUAUUUAAUCUGCAGAAAGUGUAUACAAGUACGAAUAAAUGAUGCAUGAAGGAAAAAACACAUAGCAAUGCAUUGUGCAGUUGCACAUUAUUUAUCUAGAAAUUUCAUCAGGAAUGUUGCCAUUAUUAACAAUCUGCUGUAACGGCAUAAUUGUAUUCAAUAAAUGUUAUGACUGUGUAUAUUUUGGCUUGCUAAGCAGCUUACUUUGCAGCAAAUGUGGUGGGGGUGGUCAUGAAAAUUACCAAGCACGAGGGACCUAUUAAAUGUAUGGACACAGCACUGAGGAAGUAAAACACUUGUACAGUACUGGGUACAAGCUUUGAUUAUUACACCUCAAGACACUGCGGUAUUUGGAAAAGGGUGGUCGAACCCUCCUCUUGCCACCUGGUCACUCUCGACCGUCCCCGCCUCUGUAUCAGUUCCGAUCUGGCACAGCCAGGCGUGACAAGCCCGGCCAGCUGGAACGCUUCCAGUCGCCACGGUGUCUCACUGCACGCCUCGACUUGACACACUGCCGUAGGCCAACAGAGGGUAAUCAUGUGGAUUUAAGUUGCUGAGGCCAUGACUACACUACAAGCCGAUUCUACAAUUCCUUUAACAGGGCUGAUCUGCCCAUAGGACAACUACUGUUGACACCCAACCCGGAUUUGAACUCUCGACUUUCCAAUUGCACCUCUAGCACUGCUCCACCAGAUUAACGUUUGGCAUUAUGCAUCCACACUAAAAUGACUGGGCUGGUUUACAUAACCUUAGGAAGUGCAUUUUAAAAAAAGUGAAAUUUACUCAAGCAAAUACUCUGAAUUCAUUCAUAAGCAUUUUGGUUGUGUAACAAAUAAACACUCUCAUGGCUUUCGUUGCAUUAUGUAUUUGAAUAAGUACUCAAAUUUACUUAGAAAUUUUCACAACUUUAAAAUCGACAUGUCCUUUUACCAGUGGGUCCAAAUGCGUUCUUACACUGACAAUGUUAAUGCACAACACUGAUUCGACUUCCUCGUAAUAUGCAAUUUUUAAAUAAAGUUGCUUAUUUUAUUCUACUCGCUUUCUGGCUUGUUGCAUGACAAUCUUAUUCAACAUCCGCUUGCAGUGGUUUGUUUUUGUCCACUGCUUCUUUCAACUCGGAACACUUCCAUUCAUUACAUCUUUAAAUGUUUGAUAUCUAGUCGGAUUGUGGUCUUCCUCUUCCCGUAGCAGCACCUUUGAGUGUUCCCUCCACCAUUCUUUUGCAGCCAGUCAACAUUCAUUUCAUUCAAUAUUAAAAAUAAACAUUUACAGCAGGCGAUGAAGUGUGUAAUUUAUUCACCUGAAUAUACCCAUGAAUGUGUCACUCAGUACUUUAUUUUAAACGCCUUCAAAAAAUUGGUUAGCCCCUUUAAACGUUGCGCACAAUAUGCAGCUUAUGGAGAUUAUUUUUGUUCUUUCAAUUUCUACAAUAGGGAAAACACAAUUUCAAGUCCGAGAAUAGAUUUACAAAUAUUUGGGUUAUCCAGUUAGACACCCUAUAGAUUUCUAAACACUCAAACAGGCGACUGGAUAGUGUGAAAGUGAUGGUUCCAGCGAUGAAGAACCAAGUAUGUAAGGAGAGUUAGCAUUUGUUCAUUGUAUUUUGAUUAGUGGGUUAUAGGCAGAGACAAAUUGUAUUCUACAUGUUACAUUUUUAUGGGGCAUCUAUAAAUGGGUCACUAUUUCCCUAAACCCAUCUCUGCGACCUCAACCCCACAACUUUGGUAUCGAAACAAGACUCCUCGUGCACAUUUUUCAUUUUCAGUUGUACUCCCCGACAGUUUUCACAAACCCACCGGCCAGCAUGAAGUACGGCCAAAGAACACCCAUGACCAACUGUGUGGGGAGCCCUUCAUCCAGCAGUUGAAUGUGUUAAAAUACCGUGUAAUUUAAGGUAUUACAUUAUAGAAAAUUAUAGCCAUUUGUCAAUCCACAGGUGGACGAAAAUUAUCAUGGAGCUUGUUUGAUCAUACUUCACCGCACUGGUGUCCGCAUGGCAGUUGACCAUACGUAACCAUGCUGGUCAGCGCAGAUUGGCGAAGGCAGGGCCUGGACCGGUUCAGAUAGCACUCAUAACUGUCACAAAUCAAACUCAAGUGGGUUGCUGCAAGUUUCCUAAAUUACACCAGACCACGUCUACAAUUAUCAAGAUUUAGUGUAACCGUUAAAGGCACUUAAUCAGCCAGCCAAAAGCAACUCAUUCUGAAUGGCUGCCUUGUAAUUUUAACUCUGAAUUCCUAAAACAUUACAGAUGAUAGGAGUCAUUUUAACACGUAGGAUUUCGCGACCAAAAAAAUCCAUAAUACAGGUUUGUUUUGGGUUAGAGCGCAUAGAUAUAAAUGUCGCUAAACCAGCCACCACCCAACAGCUAAUUAGUAAGGUUUGUCACAUUAACAGAUGAGUCAAAUUUAUACUCACCAGUCAUACUUUUCACUCAAUGUUUCUUAUUAAUAUUCAAGAUUGCCGAAUAAAUUGACCCUUUUGUUACAUUACAAAAAUGUGUUUUUAUAUUGAACCCUCAAAACCAAAUUGUAAAAUUUUUAUAAAACACAUGUUGACAUUAACAGCAUCCAGAAAUCUACACGUACUACACAAAAUGUUUUAUUUCAGUAAAACACUUGACUAACAUUUCACAACAAAACAUUAAACAAGUUUUACAAAGAAUAAUUGUGAAUAAAAUAACCAAAUAAAGCCAUCUUGUCACAAACGUUCCGAGACAAACCUAGUUUCAUCAUCAUACAACUUAAACCAGAAUUCAAACAAUCUAAAUU